AUGAUGUCGUCAAACAAACUAAACGACACGGGAAGUGGUGUCCACUCAAUCGGGACAACCAAUGAUCAGUUUAAUGGGACCGUAAUUUCUAAUCAACCAAAGACUAUACACAAGAGAAGCCCUAAACAAACCAAAAGUAAUGGCAAACCCAUCGAUAAGUUCAAUGAGGAGUGUAUUAUCGCACACAACGAGUUCAGAGCUAAACAUAAAAACACCGGUAAAGUGAACACAAGUGAAGAGUUGAUCAAAUCGGCACAAGAAGUGGCCACAGAUAUGGCUAAGAAAAAUAAAUUUGCGCACUCUUGGGGUCGCGGUCUCGGCUGGAAGUACGGCGAGAAUAUGUGGAUGGCUUUGGCCUCUGGAAAGGUGUGGCAAUUGUAUGACAAACACAGGUGUCGGACGACAAUCAAGUCGUGGUACGACGAGUCCACUAAACAUAAGUACAAUUAUUCGAGCAACAAAAAUGAUCUAGUAAAGGUUGGCCAUUUCACCCAACUGGUGUGGACCACCUCACGCCAGGUCGGGUGCGCCCGAGCUAUUAAUGACAAAACCCGUAAGUGGUAUGUCGUUUGCCAUUAUAAAGAGCCGGGUAAUGAGCAGGGUAGUUUUACCAAAUACGUUAUGCCCCUUAUACAUUUUGUCACAACUUAA